AUGGACAAAAAACUAGAAAGCUACCUAAAGAAAUGCAGGGAAAACCUGGAGAGACUAAACCAGCAGCGGCGUCGAGUCAUCAUACUCGGGGCUGUGGACGUGUCGGCUCUACUACCUGGUGAGGAUCACCGAUCGCGCAUUCGCAACGCCAAGCAGUUCAUCGAGCCAUCGCGCAACGUCGACACCAAUCAGUGCACUCAGCCAUCGCGCAUCGGCAACACAAAGCAGUUCAUCGAGCCAUUGCGCAUCGCCAACAUCAAGCAGUGCAAGACCCAGCCCUUCCUAAACAGCCGAGAAAUACGAGAAAUUGAAGAUAGCCAAGAAAAGGAGAUACAAUCACGGGAGUUGGAUGAGAAAGAACAAUCAGAAGCAAAGCGACUAGCCUCAAGCUUUGUUGAACAUUUGGAUGGUCAUCAACUAUUUGAUUCACUUUGGCGUGGCGAUGAAGAUGGACGAGUGCUUAUGCUUGUUGGACCCCAAGCUCAAGAGCUUUUCGAUGAAUACGACAAAGACAUAUUUGAGCUGACUCAAGAAAUUUACAAGCUUGGCUUAGAACGAUUUAUUGAGCGAGAUGAUGAAGUUAGGGAUUUCAUGAACAAUCUUAACGAUGGCCAAGAAGAACUUCAGUUACUAGGACAAAAAAAAAUAGACAAUUUUUUACAAUUUAAGGAAAAUCUUUUUGAAGAAGCUCGAUUAACUUUGCGUCAGUUAGAGCAAAACUUAAUGCAUGGUGAAGACGAAGACGCACCCGAAAAUCUAAAAUUAUCUGACGCGGUGGAUAAACUAAAUAUACAAUUUGAAGAUUCAAUGAAUGAUUUGUGGCAAGCGUUAAUGACACAUGAGCUAUAUUUGCAUGAGGCUAUAGAGGUAGUAUAA